AUGAUUAAACUCAUCGGGGAGGUCAUACCCGAGCACUGGAGUGUGAAUUGGUCGUUAAAGAACAACCCGCCUCUUGCUGCUGCUGCUGCUGCUCCUGAGGAGACUAGACAUGCUGAUGGAGAGGAUGACGACGAUUUGUUGUCAAUCGAUCCUUCUGAGGAAAGGGGUGAGUCAGAUUAA